GUUUAAAUUCCUACCCAUGUUUGUAUCUCACACAAAAUCUGAUCAACUGUCAAACCCUUAACACUGCAGAGAGGAAACAUCUGGCUUAUGUCUGUUUAAUUUGCUUUUAUAGUUAGAGACAGAAGGCUGCAGGGGAUGGACUGAAACCUGCUGCCUGGUCUGAGAUAAUUCGUCUUUGUUUCAUCUGUUGGAUCUGUAGGCUUGCAGAGUGCUGAGGAGGGACAUUUUUGUCCUCAGACCUGGAGAUGAACCUUGUUUGAACCUGGUUGGCUGCUCCUUGUAUACAUCAAGCUUUUGACUGAACUUGAAACCUCUACUUUCUGGGCCUUCAUCAGCACCCAUGUACAGCAGCAAAUACUCUCAGGUCUCCAAGUACAGUCCGGAGGCAAGAAAAAGGAUGCAGCACCGUUCCAGAGGAAAGAGCUGCGGCUACUACAUGCGCAUCGUCUUCUUCUUCUCUUCCCUUAUCCAAUCUCUGAUCAUUGUUAGCCUUGUGCUCUUUUUGAUCUAUGGGAAGAAACAGGACUCACCGUCCACAUCCCGCAUCCAUGACCUGGAGGAGAGCUUCAGCCAGCUCUCCAUCGAGAACGUGGCCCUGAGGCAGCAGAGGAAGAAUCUGACCACCUUUCUCAACACCACCCUAACCGAGAAGGCUCGCAAUGACUGGGACCUGGCUAGACUGCGUGACUACACCAACAUCUCUGUAGUCCUUAUCCAAGACAUGGACAAGAGGAUGGUGAGAAACUGAUCAAACCUUUUGUUAUAAGCGGUAAAAACCUAAAAGAUUUAACUCCAUUCAACUAUAGAAAGACGAUAAAGAAAAUUUACACUUUUUAAAACUUUUGAGACAACAAAAGGUCAUUGUGAGGAAUGAUUUCAUUGGUAUGCUAUUUACAGAUUCUUUAUUGAUACCUCAUUAUGAUAAAAUAAUAAAAACAUUUAAAGUGAACAACAUUAGGUCAAUUGUUGAUUUUCUAAAACAGUGUUUCUGAAUUACUUAAUUUAUUUUUCAUUACAUUGCUUCUUUGAUGUCAAGUUGUUUUUCAGUUCCUUUACUCUCUGUGUGUUGUAUUUACAUGUUUCGUAAGUGCUUUAUGUACGUGAAUUAAAUAUUUUAAAAGUUUCUUCCGUGAGCAAAUUAUGUUGGUGAGGGUUUCUUUACAUCACAGACAACACCAAUGUAGCUUUUUUAAAAUAAAUAUGGUGAAAUCUUGUUCCACUGUAUUUGAGAAAAACCAUGAUAGCCAUUUUUUUUAUCAUGUCAAAAUUUAAAAAAAAAAACUGUCUGGCUUAUUUCUGAAGCAAACUGUAAAUAAACUAUGUUUACCUCCAUUUGUCCACUACAGUAUUUACAAUAGGCCUAUGAGAAAUUGGUAAAAAAAUGAAUCUCCUUCUCCCUCUUUCUGAACAGUUCCAGUGCGCUGGCGAGUUGAUGAUGUGCAGGUCACAGUCACGUGUUGGCCCGUGUCAACCGCAGCGUAAGUAUGACAUCUCUUUAGUGCCAAGCCAAAAAAAACAAAGUUAUGAGCUCCAAAGCAGUUACAACAGCUGCCAUUUAUUUUGUUUUAACGCUUUCUUUUAUUUGUCUUUCAGCAUUUCCAACCACCUGUAACUGUGGGAUGUUUAUGGAACAACUGAGAGCCAGGCUUGAGCUUGUGGAGUCCAACUUCACUCAAACAGUCCACAAGAUGAGGAUGGACAUGGACCAGCUUACCAAAGAGAGAGACAACCUAAACCUGGAGGCCAUCCGUCUGAGAAGAGACAAAUCCACACAUGAAAAGGAAGUGGACAUCUUCAAAAAGAAGUGCAAAACUGACUUUAUAGAGUCCUUGAGCGGUAUCUCCAACACCACCAAAGCUUUUCUGGAGAAAAUUGAUUCCCUCUUCCCAGUGCACAUUGCCUUCCAGCUCACCUGUCCCAGACAGAGAGAACACCUGGAGCAGAUCCGCACCAACUGUUCCAGCCUGUCUCGAGAGGUGGAGGACAGGUUCCAGCAAUACCUGAACAGUGUUGGAGACAAAGUCACAAACAUACAGUCUGAGAGUAGCCGCUUAAGAGCAGAAAACUGGCGACUCUCUGAAGACUACAGAUGGUGCAGCCAGAACCGCACAGGCCUGAUCCAAUGGCACAAACGCAGCCAAGAGCAGCUACAGCUGAAACAUGAUCAGGACAAGGAGAAACUCCUGGUAGACAAGAUGAAGCUACAUGGAGAAAUCGAAGUCCUGAAGAGCAAUGUCAAAUACAAAACUACCCAGGUUGAGCACCUGGUAGAGCAAGUCAAGCAUCUCAACAUGACCUGCAUGUCCAGGGUAAGAGAAGAAUUGUCAUGAUUGAUGGUAUGACAAUGCUAUGAGCUCUAAAAGGCUUUUCAGCCGGGCACAGGGGGGUUUAGCUCUUCUUUUUUGAGCUUUUACUAAUAAUUUACUCCCAGACUGAAUUGUACUUUGUAAAGACUUAAAGAAAGGUCUACUCGACCAGGAAUGAUUUUGCAAAAUAAGAGGAGAUGAUCAUGCAGAAUAUCAGCACUGCUAUAAUAGAGAUAAAGACCAAAAAUCUAUAAAAAUGAUUUACACAAGCUGAAAAUAGUAGUAAAGAGUAAUAAUCAACAACAAAAAGAGUUUAUGCUCCGCCAAAGUCUAGCUUCACAAAUGAGCUGUUGCCAGACAGUUGCCAAGCAACCCAGACUCACUUUUGUACUCUUGGUGCUUUGUGUCCAUGAAUUACACAGACCAGCUUCUUAUCCUUAUAAACACCAAAGUACGGUGGUUUUAUUUAUGUACAUGGUUUUAUUUAUCUUGGAGCAAGUGAAAUAAGAUAAUUUGGCAAAGGUACUAACUUAGGUUAUCCAGGUAAAGACUGUUUGCUGUUAUGUUUGUUUACUGACUGAGGAGUAAUACAAAAUAGAAAGUCCCAGUGACAUUGCACUCUAUAUCCACACUCAAAGCACUCAUCUUGUUCAAUCACACUUUUGUGUUGUGUGCUCUACAAAACAGUAUAUUUGAAUGAGUAAACUGAUUGGACCACAGUCAUUUUAAAAGUGCUGUUAUAUACAUUACAACAUAACUCACACCGUGAACUGGUGUAUUAAUCUACUUUAAGUGGUCUAAUAACAGUAAAUAAGGUUACAGGAGAGUCAUGGUUAAGAUCUCAGAAUCAUACACACACAAACAAACACACACACACAUGCAAACAUAUGAAAACAACUAACAGUAGACUCUGGUGACACAUACACAUACCAGUAAAUCCCAAAGCCACAGGUCUGCUGGUCUGUAUUUGCAUGUUAUGACCACAGUGCAUCACCACUAACUAAAGCCUUCUGAAGUCUUGGUGUCAAUGACAUAAUUUGGCACAAAAUUGUCAGCUGUGUGUUCAAUGAUGAUAUCUAUCUGUGAAGCACCUUAAAAACAUACUAUAUCUUCUUCAUGAUCUCGAAGUAGUUUUGGCUUGAAUGCUUUAAAUUUCUAUUUUUAACAUUGUUCUCAUAUGAUUUCAGGGUGGAAUGGGUGGAUUCGGUGGACUGGGUGUAGGCCAUCAACCUCGACAAGGUCAAGGAUUUGGGACAGGCCUGUUAAAUGGCGGUGGAUCCAGUUCAUCCAGUUCUUCUAGUUAUAGCCAGUUGAAUAGACAAGGGUCAGGGUCAAGCUUAAACACUGGUUCCAUAGGUUCACCUUACAAUAGGCAAACCCCAACUGGGCAAGGGUCUUCAAACCCAUCUCUCUUAAGUAAUUCUGGGUAUGGGUCAAACAGGCAAGCCUCAUCUGGUUCUGGGUCUUUAGGUUCUUCCCUCUUGCCAUCUGGGUCGAGUGGGUCUAGUAGUUCUUCAGGUUAUGGAUCCAAUAAGCCAGCCUCAUCUGGUUCUGGGUCUUCCUUGUUCUCAGCUGGGUCUAGUAAUUCAGGUUAUGGAUCCAAUAAGCCAGCUUCAACUGGGUCAGGAUCUUCCUUGUUCUCAGGUGGGUCUAGUAAUUCAGGUUAUGGGUCUAAUAAGCCAGCCUCAACUGGUUCUGGGUCUUCCUUGUUAUCAGCUGGGUCUAAUAAGCCAGCCUCAACUGGUUCUGGGUCUUCCUUGUUCUCAGGUGGGUCUAGUAAUUCAGGUUAUGGGUCUAAUAAACCAGCCUCAACUGGUUCUGGGUCUUCCUUGUUCUCAGCUGGGUCUAGUAAUUCAGGUUAUGGGUCCAAUAAGCCAGCCUCAACUGGUUCUGGGUCUUCCAGUUCUUCCCUCUUUUCAUCUGGGUCAAGUAGUUCUGGAUCCAGUUCAAACAAGCCAACCUCAUCGGGGUCAGGGUCCUCCAGUUCCUCCCUUUUUUCAUCUGGGUCAAGUAGUUCUUCAGGAUCCAAUAAGCCAGCCUCAACCGGGGGGUCCACUUCACUCUUUGGGUCUAGUGCAAGUUCUAGCUCUAGUGGGAGAGGGUCUUCAGCUUCAGCCUCCACGGCAGGUGGGAAAAGCUCAUCAGGCACUGCAUCAUCUUCGUCAGGGUCCUCAGGGUCAACUGGGUCAACUGGAUCAACAAGUAAAAGCUCUGGCAUGGGUUGGUUUAACUCUUGGGGCAGCAGUAGUAGCUCAGGGCAAAGUAAGACAGGAACUGGAACUGGAACUGGAACGGGGAAAGGAACGUCAACUGGAGGUGGAUCCUCAGUUGGUUCAGGCAGAACCAGUGGACUAGGUAAGAAUAAACUAUAUUUUGUUGCUUAAUUAUCAUCACUGACUGAAAAAAAUGUGUCAACACAGACUGAAAGUGGGGUGGUGCAACAGAGUUCUGGUUUUAUAGGCUAGCUGUUACAGAAACUUUCUGUAUGUGUUGAUUUGGUGCCCCCUGUGGACAAAGUGGUAACCUUUUGACUGUUGCUGAAUGCAUCUUGUCUGUAUAAAAGUUGAAAUAGCUGACAAAAAACAACUCCUUUAGUCUUUUCCUCAGUGUGAAAAUUUGCUGUGGAGAAAUACAACUUUGAGUCUUUCUUUGAUGGACCUACCCCCUCAUAGCAGAAACAGGCAUUAAAAAAUUACAACACAAAGUUUCAAACUUCUUGUGUACAUUGUGGAGAUGCAACACUGUUCAUUUCAGUCUGUUUUAUAACCCGUAUUAAACUCUUUACAGGAGCUUUCAGUAAUCCAUCUCUGAUACAUGUGUGUAAUAGCUGUAGUACUAAAAACUGAGUUGAAUAAUAAGCUCUUUGUGAGUUUACAAACGUGUCUAUUAACUUACCAUGGGGACAAGUGACAAGCUUGAAUGUUACAGUGUUGAUGAUAGCAAGCACCAGAUUCUACUUAACAAAAAAAAUCUUCAAACAUUUGUGUGAUCUGACCCUUUAAAAUGCCUUGGCUGAAGAGAGAUACACACAGAAACCAAAUCAGUAAACAAAAAACAUAACAAACAACACCUGGUUAGCAUGUUAAGUAUUUGAUUACAAACCCUACAACCUCACUACCUAUAAAAAUUGGAUCAGAUUUUUGCAGUGUUGUUGAACAGUAUUGGAAAUACUAACUGGUGGCAGGUCAGAAAUUAAGUAGGUUAUAAUUACAGCUUGAUUGAUUCAUGUUUUUGUUUUUAAAAUUCUCCUUUUCUUAUGUUUUAUCAACAGUCGAUGUUGCUCAGCACCUUCGAGAUCUGCAACGCAUCAUCAACCCCCAAGCCCAAGAGUGAGUACAACUUUUUUACUUUUGUACAAGUUAAUAUGAAUACCACACUGCUAUUUUUGUAUCAGUCUGAAAGGUUUUUUUUUUCAAAGUUUUGCAAAUCACAUUUAAAAAUUUACAUUGAAAAUGAAAAAGCCCUUGCAAUUUUGACUUGUGAAAGACAGAUGGUUUUCCAUCAGUGAGUCUGGCUCUGCACAGCGUUUCUGUGAAAAUGAAGCUCUUCUUUGCCAUCGUCGCCAAAUAUAUUCAGUGCCAACUGUAUAAAAACUGAAAACACACAAGUCCUUGUAUUGAACUGGAUUUCUCAGCCUUAGCUGUGAAUCACUCAGUAUAAAAUCAACUUAUCAAUGAUGAUUGAUGAUGAACCAGUGAUGUUAAAAUGCAGGGUUUUGUUGGUUUUGGAGAAAGUUACUUUAAAAGUGUUAAAAAAAUGUUUAUAUGGGGCUAGGUCUAGCAACAGACCAGUGCACAGGAUUGGGGAUCUAAUGCAUCUAAAGUAUGCAGGUUUGAAUCACAUUGAACUAAAAGGAUCAGAAGGGAGGAACAUGUUACUCAGCACUUAAGUGAGCCUCACUCAUGUCAUUCAUAUUGUCAAAAAGUAGUAAGUAUUAAAUCUAAUGAAACUGAAUGCCUGAUAAGUUCAUUGUUGGUUGCGAUUUAGUUUUUGGCUUUUGUUGGAAUAAGUCAGAAAAAUCAAAUCAAUGAACUCAUUAAAAGGGUGUGAUGUCUGAAGCAAUAAGAGAUGUAUUAAAUUUCCUUUUUCUUUUUUCUUUUUUUUUACAUUUUAGGGAGAAACAGGAUCUCUCAAGGAUGUUGGGUUAAUCAUCUACCCUGACAAGAAAAAAAAACAAACAUUUAAGAGGUUUGCUACAUCUGUAAAUCAAAGCUAAAUGCACACUCCCUACACUGAUUACGUUACAAUGUUACAAUGUUAUCUAGCACAUCGUAUUGAUUAUGUAUUGAUUACAUAUUGUAUAUCACCAGAUGUAGCACAUGUUAUACACUGUGACAGCUUCAUUACUGGAUUGCAUUUAGAAAAGUUAUUUGAAUUACUUAAGCACUUUUCAGUGUAAAAUGUGAAUAUUGUGUGUUGAUGAAAUGUUUUUGUAACUCUGUCUGAGCAAGCACAACUAUUUUUACUUUGAACAAACAGUAUGUUAAAUAAAUGCUUUUUAAACGUAAG